UGGUCGCUCUGACAGGCGCUCGCUGAAGCAACACGCCUCGGCUAUAAAUACACGAGUCCCAGCCGAGGCUCUGCUGGCUGCCCAGCGUCUGUAUUUACACGCUGAACCCGGACGACUCGCGGAUCCACACGCUGCCGCCGCAGAUACUCGCAGCUGCUGGAUUCAUCUUUCACGCAGCUUUUCAAACUGUGGGGAGAUUACUGCCAGAACCUUUUUCCUCUGGUUUUGGACGUUUUCUGUUUUUAGUGCUUUUUGGACUCUGAGGAGAGUUAAUUUGGCACAGUCGUCUGUGUUUUGGACAGAGCAGCAAUGGGAGACUUUUGGGGAGAUAUUGCCAGUCAGAGGGUGGCCCGAGCGAUGUCGCUGGGCAACGAUGAGGAGGCGGUGUUGGACCAGGGGAAGACCAGCUCCACCCUCUACACUAACUUUGAGAAAGAAGAACUGGAGAGUCACAGAGCGGUGUACGUCGGCGUUAACGUUCCUCUGGGCCGACAGAGUCGAAGGCGUCACCGCCACCGAGGACACCGACAUCACCGGAAGCGACGGGACCGCUCAGACCGGGAGGACGGACGAGAGUCGCCCACGAAUGACACGCCGUCUCAGAGAGUCCAGUUCAUCCUCGGGACGGAGGACGGCGACGAGGAGCACAUCCCCCACGACCUGUUCACCGAGCUGGACGAGCUCGCCUUCAGAGACGGAGACUUCCAGGAGUGGAAGGAGACCGCCAGGUGGCUGAAGUUUGAGGAGGACGUGGAAGACGGUGGCGAACGUUGGAGUAAACCGUACGUGGCCACGCUGUCCCUUCACAGUCUGUUCGAGCUGCGUUCCUGCAUCCUGAACGGCACCGUGCUGCUCGACAUGAGGGCCAGCACCAUCGAAGAGAUCGCAGACAUGGUGAUUGACAGCAUGCUGGCGUCGGGUCAGCUGGAGGAGGGCGUUCGAGAGAAGGUGAGGGAGGCCAUGUUGCGGCGUCACCACCAUCAGAACGAGAAGAAGCUGAGCAACCGAAUCCCGCUGGUUCGAUCCUUCGCUGACAUAGGGGAGGGUCUGUCCUCCUCUCGUCUCGCCCCCUUCCGUCGCUUCUCCGUCGCCUGUGACACCUCCACGCUUCCUCCGUCCCCCCGUUUGCCCGACCUGUUUGGACGCCUCCUACCCAGCACCGCCUCCUUGCCUCAGACCACUCCCACCCAGUUCCAUCAUGGCCGCCACCUCUCUGAGCCCUGCCCACCCAGCCUCACCCCCUCCCUCCCCGGCCCCCUAACCGACGCUCCCCCAUCAGGUCACGCCUCCUCCGGCGCUCCACGUCGCUGCUCCGCUCCGGGGGGGCUGUGGGGAGGAGCAGGGAUCCCCCGGGUGGUGGUUCACCCCCCUGAAGAGGAAGCGUUCAGGAUGGAGGACGAGCAGGACCACGUCUCCCACCAGGAUCUGCUGUUUCCUCACCGGCACACAGGUCUGCUGGCGUCCCCUCAUUCGGCUCCAGGGAACCUCGACAACAACAAGAACAGCGAGAGUCGCAUCAACGGAGGCAGCCGGGAAAACAGCACCGUGGACUUCAGCAGGGUGGAUAUGAACUUCAUGAAGAAGAUCCCUCCCGGUGCAGAGGCCUCCAACGUCCUGGUGGGUGAAGUCGACUUCCUGGAGCGGCCGAUCAUCGCCUUCGUCCGGCUGGCCCCCGCCAUUUUGCUGACCGGCCUCACAGAGGUCCCCGUGCCCACCAGGUUUCUCUUCCUGCUGCUCGGUCCGUUUGGAAAAGGUCCGCAGUACCACGAGAUUGGACGCUCCAUGGCCACUCUGAUGACAGACGAGAUUUUCCACGACGUCGCCUACAAGGCGAAGGACAGGAACGACUUGCUGUCGGGGAUCGAUGAGUUCCUGGAUCAGGUCACUGUCCUUCCUCCGGGGGAAUGGGACCCCAGCAUCCGCAUCGAACCCCCAAAGAGCGUCCCGUCUCAGGAGAAGAGGAAGAUGGCGUCCGUCCCUAAUGGCUCCGCCCACAGCUCUGACACCGUCAAGGAGGCGGAGCAUCAGACAGGACCAGAGCUGCAGAGGACAGGGAGGAUCUUUGGUGGUUUGGUGAACGACGUUCGGAGGAAAGUUCCCUUCCUGUGGAGUGACAUCCGAGACGCCUUCAGCCUGCAGUGUUUGGCGUCUGUCCUCUUCCUCUACUGCGCCUGCAUGUCGCCUGUCAUCACGUUCGGAGGUCUGCUGGGAGAAGCCACCAAAGGAAACAUAAGCGCCAUAGAGUCUCUGUUCGGGGCGUCUCUGACGGGCGUGGCCUACUCUCUGUUCGCCGGUCAGCCUCUCACCAUCCUGGGCAGCACCGGUCCAGUUCUGGUCUUCGAGAAGAUCCUCUUCAAGUUCUGCAGUGACUACGGUCUGUCCUACCUGUCCCUGCGGACCAGCAUCGGACUCUGGACGGCCUUCCUCUGCCUGCUGCUGGUCGCCACCGACGCCAGCUCUCUGGUCUGCUACAUUACCCGCUUCACCGAGGAGGCCUUCGCCUCCCUCAUCUGCAUCAUCUUCAUCUAUGAGGCUCUGGAGAAGCUGGUCCACCUCGGGGAGGUCUACCCCAUCAACAUGCACAACCAGCUGGACAACCUCACCUUCUACACGUGUCAGUGUUCUCCGCCUGCCAACGCCUCAGCCGAAGUCCUACAGGUGUGGAGCGACAGAAACGUGACCUCAGAAAACGUCCAGUGGGAUCAGCUGAGUGCGAAGGACUGUGUGGAAUUACACGGCGAGUUCGUCGGCUCGGCCUGCGGCCCCCACGGCCCCUACGUCCCCGACGUCCUCUUCUGGUCCGUCAUCCUCUUCUUCACCACCUUCUUCCUCUCCUCCUUCCUCAAGCAGUUCAAGACCAAGAGAUACUUCCCCACCAAGGUUCGAUCGACCAUCAGCGACUUUGCCGUCUUUCUGACCAUCAUGAUCAUGGUGUUGGUGGAUUAUCUGGUCGGAGUUCCUUCGCCCAAACUCAACGUACCCGACCGCUUUGAGCCCACAUCGAACACUCGAGGGUGGCUGAUCUCCCCGCUGGGUCCGAACCCCUGGUGGACGCUGCUGGCCGCUGCUGUCCCUGCUCUGCUCUGCACCAUCCUCAUCUUCAUGGACCAGCAGAUCAGCGCCGUCAUCGUCAACAGGAAGGAGAACAAACUCAAGAAAGGCUGUGGGUACCAUCUGGACCUUCUGGUGGUGGCGGUGAUGCUGGGCGUGUGCUCCAUCAUGGGCCUGCCGUGGUUCGUGGCGGCGACCGUGCUCUCCAUCUCCCAUGUCAACAGUCUGAAGCUGGAGUCGGAGUGCGCGGCGCCGGGCGAGCAGCCAAAGUUCCUUGGCAUCAGAGAGCAGAGAGUCACUGGCUUCAUGAUCUUCGUCCUGAUGGGCUGCUCCGUCUUCAUGACCUCCGCCCUCAAGUUCAUCCCGAUGCCUGUCCUGUACGGAGUCUUCCUCUACAUGGGAGUGUCCUCGCUCAAAGGCAUUCAGCUGUUCGACCGGAUCAAACUGUUCGGCAUGCCGGCGAAACACCAGCCGGACCUGAUCUACCUGCGCUACGUCCCUCUGUGGAAGGUCCACGUCUUCACUGUGGUGCAGCUGUCCUGCCUCAUCGUCCUCUGGAUCAUCAAGGCCUCGGCCGCCGCUGUUGUCUUCCCCAUGAUGGUUCUGGCUCUGGUGUUCAUCCGGAAGCUUCUGGAUUUCUGCCUCACCAAGAGAGAGCUGAGCUGGCUGGACGACCUGAUACCGGAGAGCAAGAAGAAGAAGGAAGAUGACAAGAAGAAGAAGGAGAAGGAGGACGCUCUGCGGAUGCUGGAGGAGGUGGAGGACGAUCAGCCGUUCGAUGGAGGAAAUGUCAUCAACUUCCCGAUCAAAAACCUGAAAGGACGCAUGGACCCAUCAGAGGUGAACAUCUCGGAUGAAAUGGCCAAAAGCGGCAUUUGGAAAUCAGUUUCCAUGAACUCUGACAGCAGCAAGGCUCUGAAACGCAGCAACAGCGUGGAGAAGCUGCCGAGCAUCCAGAUAAACGUGGAGAACGACGACGGUCGGAGAGUCGUGGACGCCGAGACGUCGCUAUGAUCCACUGCCGCUCUCCACCACCCGGCGGCGCUGUUGGGGGACGAGGAGGGCGAGGCUGCUGAUGGGUUACUGUAGCCCUCCGUCUUCUCUCAGCUGAGGUCAAAGGUCGUGGGAGGACCAAUCAGGCUUUACCUCGCCGUGCCGUACUUCUCAUCCUGCGUUUUCUCGGACGAAGGUGAACGUUUUAUUUUCUCAUCGUUUUAUGGUGAAACACGGAGACUCCGCCACUGGGAGCAAAUAUGGCCGCCACUUUUGGAAACAGCUUCCUCAGGUUUCUUUGGUUGGUUUUUACUCAGGCGGUCCUCUGCUGCGCUGUGAUUGGCUGCUUAAGCGUCGAACCGAAACACAGACUCAGCGGACGCCUAAUUUUCCAGACUGAUGAUCUUAAAAAAAACACCUGAAGUUUUAAUUUUAUCGUUUUAAAUUUUCUGUUUCUGCUUUCAUGAAGCAGACGAGGCUCUUCACCUCCGACAGGUCCAACGCAGGAAGGAGUUUUUAUUUAAUCCAUCAUGCUGAUUUAAACUGUAUAUGUGUCUGUGAGUGUUUCUAUGUAUGUGUGUGUAUGCGUGGCUGUGUAUUUGUGUGUGUGUGUGUGUGUGUGUGAGAUCACUGUUGUGCCUCACCUUGUUGCCUGCAGUGGCCGACUGAAUGUCACAGCCGCUGUCUUCAUAGUUUCUUCUUAAAGUUUCAAUAAAAUCAGUUUGGCGACGACGAUCAGAGUCUGUCAGAUGUGACACUUUAAUAAAGUUAGUUGAAACAGUGAAAA